CGUCGAACAAUGAUGUACCGGCGAAUUUAUCAGAAGAAGCCAUGGAGUUGGAGCUCUUGCCGGCGGUGGUGGCUAUGCUCUUACACCACCGCAGCUUCCUCACCGUCUACGGUGGUCGGUGGCCAGAGGCUUCCGUUCCUGGGCUUCUUGUCUCAAGAUUGCGUCUUUAGACAGGCAUCGAUGUCCUUUUUAUGGGUUAAUGAUCCCAAUAAUGUUCAAUAUGGUUUAAAGAAAUAUUGCUUUUCAACUCAAGCUUUGGUCGAUCUUCCGGUUGAUGGAAUAGUUGAUGUACCUUUAGCACAAACUGGUGAAGGCAUUGCUGAGUGUGAACUUCUACAAUGGUUUGUGCAGGAGGGGGAUCAUGUUGAAGAAUUUCAACCACUUUGUGAAGUUCAGAGUGAUAAAGCAACCAUAGAAAUAACAAGUCGGUACACAGGAAAAGUUUCCCGAGUUCUCCAUGUUCCUGGUGACAUUGUGAAGGUUGGAGAAACUCUCCUGAAGAUCGUUGUUGGUGAAUCUCCUCUUCCAACUCAGAUUUUGGAUGCUCUGGACCAUACAAAGUCGCUGGGUUCUGAUAUGGGGGACGCAGAUUGUCAAAGUUCAGUACCUAGAAAGUCGGAAAUAGGUGGAGUUCUAUCUACGCCUGCUGUUCGUAACCUUGCAAAGCUAUAUGGCAUAAAUAUAAAUGAUGUCUGUGGAACUGGUAAGGAUGGGAGGGUAUUAAAAGAAGACAUCCUCCAAUUUGGAUCCAACAAAGGAAUUCUCAAGGAAACUCCAGUGUCCUCUAGGGCUACUUUUCCGGACCAAUUGCUUGGAGGAGAAGGGGAAUAUGAAGAUAAGGCAAUUCCUCUGAGGUAUAUUGAUAUAAACAUGAAAUUCCAAUGCAUUACUUAG